GUCAUCGCAGUCAUACGUGCUUUGAAGCUUUGGCUACAUUUUUAUGGAUAUUUUUAUGUUUUGUUGGCAAUUAAACAACGGUCGAGCGCUAUGUUUUAAGCUCUGACAAACGUGAUUCAGGCGACAAAGUCUGUGUGGAAUGGCAGAAAUCUCAGGAAGAUUCUAAUUGGAAGACGUGCCUGAAUAAACUAAAAAAUAUAUUUUAGGUGGGACACUAUUACUACAGCAUGGCCAAUCAGAACAUAGAGACAUCAUCUUUUGGCAAUCAGAAACAGGAGAAUGAAGAAUGUUGUGAGAAUGUUCCCCCUGUAUCAUUUUUGAGUGAAACCGGCCCUGCAACUCCAACAGCAACUCUUAAUGACAAGGGGAAACCACGUUUGUCUGGUCUGCAGUCUGCUCUGACUCCGAUUUUGAAAUAUCUCAAUAUUGGAAAUAAAAGUCCCUCUCCACUUCCAAAUUUAUCUUUUAAUAAUGGCCCGGCUAAGCCAAGUAUUGCUUCAAUAUUAUCUUUUGCUGACAAAAAAAACUAUGCCUCCUCUGUGCUAAAUGAAAACCUCCCAGACAUCACCCUGCUUGACGUAACAUGUGACUCAACCAUGAAUGUUACAAGAAAUACUCAGUGCAACAGUGCACCUAGUUCUCCAGUUAGUGUUAAAGAGUUUAAGAAACCCCUGCAAGUUUUGGAUGUAAACCUCAGCUCAAAGCUAUGUCCUACUCUGACCCCUAUUCACUGGCUUCAUGAUGAAAUCCUCCCUGAAAUGACACUCUUGGAUGAUACCUGUGAUUCCCCUAUGCCCCUGACAAGACAGGGCUUUGCACAUUCAGACAGUGUACCUGGUACUCCAAUCUGUGAAACAGAGACACCUAAAACGCCUACUGAAAAUGAUGUAGAAAUAACUUCAAAAGGGAGCCUCAUUCUAACCUCCAAGCCUUAUUCAAGUUAUGUUAUGUCAGAAAAGGAAACCCAAAUCUUGGAGACCUCUGAUGAUUGGUCACCAAAAAAGAGACCUUUGGAAACAUGUGAAAUUAUGUUAUCAAAAACUGCAAAACUAGAAGUAAGCCAAUGUUCUCUAGAAAAAAUUUCAUCAACUUUCACUGGAAAUUUUACCCAUUCAAUAAGUUCAGGAAGUGGAGUAUCUGAUAGCAUUGUGGAAGAUGUUAAAAAGGUCCAGCUUCAAGUCACCCAGGAUAUUUCUAUGAACAGUACUUUAGAAAGCAGUAAAUCAUCAUCAGAAAAUAGUACACAAAAGCUGGAAAAGAGUCAACGAGCUGUUGAAGCUCCAGUAAACAUUACAUGUGAUUUAAUUACAUCUAAUACAGGUUGUAACUCUAUAAAUGUCACUUCUGAACCUCGAAUUGAACCUGUCAAUACCUCACCUGGAGAGGAGCCAAGCCAUAUUUCUGACGACGAGGGAAAAAAUCUAAACAAAACUGAAUACAUAAACAACACAUUUACUACUGUUCGGGGCCCAACUGCAACGCAAGACCUACAGAACAGGACACUGGAUCUUCCAACGACGACAAAUAUUUGCAGUUCACCCACAGCAGAAAACAACAACACUAAUAUGAGCACCAAACAGGUGACCCCAGAAUCUAACCUUGUUUUAAAUGACCACUGCUCAGGUCCGAAAUUUAGCCAAAAUUGUGCUAUGCAAAAUCAGACAUUUGAAAAGGACUCUCUUCACAUAUCUGGUGGAAGUACAAUUUCAGAACAAGCAGGUACCUCAAUUGCAAGUCUUCAGAGCACAUUUGCAAACAAACCAAAUGGGACAAUAACUUAUACAGAAACAACAGCAAUGGGUGACAAGCAGCAUGUCACACCAGAAAAGUCCUCUCCUUAUCGAAUGAAAAGUAUGAGCACUACUGACCCCAAUCCUCCAAAGAUAUUGUGUGAAAAUAUACAAGCAACCACAGAUUCUAAUAUUAAACCAACUGAGCCUCAACAGAGCAUUUUUAAUGUGAACACACCAAUAGAAGAUGACUCUGGCUCUCCGGGGUGCAGUGCUGGCAGUGUGAAAGCUAAGGAACAGCCUCUUUGUGAUUCAAUCAUUCAUCAUGACACAUUUACUGAGAGCCACAAAGCUAACACUUUCAGCUUGGAUAACACAUUUGAUUUUAAAACUGACCCACUGGUUACGUCAACACCAAUGCCCAACAGUAAGGCAUUCAUUUUUACUGUAGAAAGAGAAGAGGGCAAAACUGCAGUGGCACAGAAGAAGCUGUAUGGAGAAGAACCCAAUAAGCCAGUUGUUCAAGUUAAAUCAGACGUACCUCCAAAUAUUGUGUGUGACCGGAAGACUUUUUUGCCCCAGCCUACCACAAAACAAAAUAUGCUUCCCAUGAAACCGCCAUCACUGCUGUCAAAGUUCAAGCCGGGAUCCCUUCUUCCAAAACGUCAUGAUUUACCAACUUAUGGCCAGCCAAUGAAAACAAACACUGCUCAAAUCCUUCACCAGACCACAGAAAUUACAUGCUCCUAUAAUUUGAGAUCCACAAGAGCUGCUACUUCAGCACUAAAGCAGCCUAUGUCUGGUCUACAAAAACCAUCAGCAAGCAGCAUACCUUCAGGCAUUCACAGAGCAGGACAUGGCCUCAAACCACCUCAGGCAAAAAGCAUGUCUUCAGUCCCUUCAGGCUCUGAUAAACCUGUUGGAGGCACUAACCCUGUGGCCAAGACCACUAUACCAGCCAGGAAACAUCCUUUACCCAAAACUGAUGCGUUACCAGCAGCAAAGAAGAAAAAGAUGGAUACUCUUUUGCCAUCCAGUAAUGUUGAUGCAUCUGCAGCUUCUUUAGACACAGCCAAAGCCAAAAGCCUCAAGCCUCCUUCACACACCCAGAGAACCUUACCUGUCAAACCCCCAAAACAUGAUUUUGCAGUUCCUCCAUCUGAUGCUACAGAACUAACCAGCAGGUUUAGAACUUUGAGACCACCAACCACCAGUCUCAAGGCCCACAUUGCAAAACCCCUGUGCCAUAGUUGUGCCACCUGCAGUUUACUUCAGGAACAACUCAAAUUGAAAGAUGAAGAAAUUAAGCAAUUAAAAGAAGAACUUCUGAAAUGGAGCAAAAAAGAAGAUCCAGCAACCUAAAGAUUUACAGUGUGAAUAGAAUCUAUUGACUUUUAUUAAUAUAAUGAGACAACAAUUUUAACAAAUUAUAUGUAUAACAAAGCAUUGUUACUUGUAAUAUGUAUAUUAUUGGUUAAUAAAAAUCUUUUCAUUAUUGCUAUACCAGUAUUACCUCAA